AUAUAUAAAUAAUGCACCUCUCGCCCACUCCUCCUUCAUUACCUUCUCAUCUCCCUCUUCCCUUCCCCCUCUUUCUACUAUGCAUCUUUCCUUGGCCAUAAGUCUCGCCUCCGCCGCCGUCGUCUUCUCUAUUGCCCUCGUUUCCUUCGCCUACUUUAAGAUGUUCCGCAGGUACAGGAUACCCCUGUGCGGCUGGUGCCGCAGGUCCGACGACUUGGAGCUCGGCCCCGCCCAGGCCCGCGUUGCCGACGGCCCCGAAACCGUCCUCGGCAAGGAGAAGAGCUCCGCAGCCCGGCGGUUCGGAUGGGCCGAGAUCGAGUCGGUCACCGGGAAGUUCGCCCCCGACGCGGUGGUCGGCGAGGGCGGCUCCAGCACCGUCUAUCUCGCCCGCCUCCCGGACUCCUCCCUCGCUGCCCUCAAGCUCCACCGCCCCAGCGAGCGCCUGCACCGCGCCUUCCGCCAGGAGCUCGAUGUCCUCCUCCGCCUCCGACACCCCCACAUUGUCCGCCUCCUCGGCUACUGCGACGACCGCGAGGAAGAAGGCGUGUUGGUGUUCGAGUACGUGCCGAACGGGAGCCUCCAGGAGAGGCUGCACGGCAACGGCGAGGUGCUGCCGUGGGCGCGACGCAUGGCGGUCGCGUACCAGGUGGCGCAGGCGCUGGAGUACCUGCACGAGGGGUGCGACCCCCAGGUGGUGCACGGCGACGUCAAGGCCGCGAACGUGCUCCUCGACGGACGGAUGGAGGCGAAGCUGUGCGACUUCGGGUCGGCCCGGGCGGGCUUCUCUGCGGCGGUGGCUCCCCCGCGCUCCGCCCGCGCCAUGAUGGUGGGUUCCCUGGGCUACGUCGACCCGCACUACCUGCGCUCCGGGAUGGUCUCCAAGAAGAGCGACGUGUACAGCUUCGGGGUGCUGCUGCUGGAGCUGGUCACGGGGGCGGAGGCGUUCGACGCGGGCCGGGAGCUGCGGCUGACGGCGGCGAUGGGCCCGGUGCUGCGGGACCCGGAGGGGAGGGCCACGAAGGCGUUGGACCCCAGGCUGGGCGGGGACUACGACGCCGGGGAGGCGAAGGCGGCUGUGGACGUGGCGUCCUCGUGCGUCGGCGACAACCCCGGUCUCCGCCCAUCCAUGGCCGACGUGGUCAGGAUGUUGCGGGACAAGGCAUCCUCUUCCAUCGCAGCCGUUGCAUCAAAAUCUGACGGCAAAAGUGAUUUGUAGAUUAGGGGGUCACAUCUGUCAUAUAACCAUUAUGUAAAUUAGAUAGCCGUAGUGGGCGAGAGAGAGAGAGGGAGAGAGGAAAUAUAUAUGGGAUGUAUACUGCAAAUGUGAAAUAUCGUAGGGGGUUUUGGGUAAGUGGAGACAUGCAAUUAUCCAGAAAGGUCCAUUUGACAUUUAUCUCAGGAAGAAAAGCCACUCCAAUUAAAUAAUCAACCCAUAGGGGUCCAAAAGAUGGUACAUACAUUUCGUGCUGAUAUCAUCAUCAGGUCAUUAAUGAACCUGUCAAGAAAUUUAAAAGUGAAUAUUAUUAUUAUAUA